AUGAAACCAGUGAUGACGAAAUCAAGGAGUAUUCACGUGUUGUUUUGCGUUAUGUUAUUUGGAUUUAUUAACAAAACUCAAGGAAAUACCGUACUAACAAGGAUGCUGAAUGAAUCCAAUAAAAACAAGAAUAAUUUGGCCAAACGUCAAUUUACAAAGGAAAAUACAAACGAUACUGUUUAUGUUAUACACAGGAGAACAAAUUGCAUACAGUUUGGAGAACGACCUGUCAUUUGUAUUGAAGUAGUAAAUGACGAAAAGAAGCAUUUGGAGCAGCCUUAUGAGGAUUUUAAUGAUUUCAAAGAAAUUUCUGAUUUCAUAUCUAAACCUAAUAUAAAAGAGCUUCUCACAGGUAACAUAAACGAUACACCUUUUGUAGACCAAACACGGUUAGAAAAAGAUUUAACGAAUUUCCGCGACGUUACCCGAUCACGUUCCAACGGCUUUUCUGAAGAUUACCUUGAUGUUAAUGAUUUAAAAUUAUACAGAAAAUUGUCGACUAAGAACAGAGGUAUAGGUUUGCCAAAAAAACCACGUAGACUGAAAAUAAUUGUAAUGAAUUCUAAACGACAUCCAAAACAUGAAAGGCCUGAAUCAAAAUAUAGUAGAAAGUUGUUCGAGUUAGGAAAUGACAAAACGUUAAGAUCAAGUGAAGCAGACAACGAAAGUUCUGAAGAGACAGCUAAAGAAUCUUCUAAUGAAAAUGUUGACAAAAUGAAUGAAAAAGGACCGAAACCGAAAAGGUUUGAAGUAAUAGAGAAUACUGAAGAGUGGGAGGAAGAUGCAGUAAUAUCUGACGAAUCUCGAGAAGAUUCGACAAAUGAGGCAUUUCUGAAAAUACCUGAAAACAUAAGCAACAAAAAUAAAGAAAAAUUUUUGUACGCGCAGAGUCCAACAAGACAUUUGUCAUUAAAUAUGUCUUCCGACGAUAGAAGACGAAGACUUCCACAUUUCCUCCCGAAACGGUACCAUUGGAGUAAAGACGACAUGCGCCAUUUGCCAUAUUUGUGGUACAAUGGCCCCCAAGGACUGCAUCCAGGAAUAUAUAGAAAACCGUACUGA